AGAAGAGCUGUUGCUCUGAGCUGCAAUAUGGCCCGGUGUCAUAACGCCCGGGAAGAACUGAUUCAUCUCAGUGCUGUGGAUUUCCUCACUGGCGAGGUCCUCGUCAAUAAAAUUGUGAAAACGAGGAAUAAGCCUCGCAAUUGGCGAGCCAGUGUUACCGGCAUGACAGCUGCUUUGAUGGCUGAAGCGGCAGCGGCGGGACAAGCGCUUCCUGGAUGGCCCGUUGCGCGCGAGGCCCUGUUCCAGUAUAUCGACAGCGAGACGGUCCUCGUCGGACACAUGCUUCAGUAUGAUCUCAACCUUUUGGGGAUUCUGGCCUCGCGAGUUGUCGACUCAGAUAUUUUGUCCGGGGAAGCGCUGUUUGGUGACUCCCCAUUGAUUCGUCCUUUUCGACAAGUCUGGAGGAGCCCAGGGAGGCUAUCGAGCCAGCUUCUUCGUGGGAGUGAUCAACCAUACGAAGAUCCUAUUUCUAGCUGUCUGGAGCGUGCCAUGGAGACAAGAGAGGUCGUGCUGCAGUACCUCCAAACCCCGAAAGUCUUCGAGCAGUGG